CAAUUAAUCCAAAUCUAGUAAAAUCUGUGAAUUUUGUAUUGGCGCAGAAGAGAGGAAGGGAAGGGCAUGCAGGUGAGAACGCGCCUGAGCCUUGAAUAUUGCACAGUCCUCCUGGAAUCCUGCAUUCAAUCAAAAUCUCUGUUUCGAGGCAAGCUGAUCCAUCAGCAUCUGCUCAAAUGCCUACACAGAACCCACGAAACCAAUCUUACAAAUUUUGAUGUGCCAUUCGAAAAACUCGUGGAUUUAUAUUUAGCUUGCAGUGAACUUAAAAUCGCACGCCAUGUGUUUGAUAAAAUGCCCCAUAGACCCAAUAAUGUUGUUUUAUGGAAUUUAUUGAUAAGAGCUUAUGCUUGGAAUGGUCCCUAUGAAGAGGCCAUUGAUUUGUACUAUAAAAUGUUGGGUUAUGGUAUCACACCCAACAGGUUCACCUUCCCUUCUGUUCUCAAAGCGUGUUCGGCUCUAAAAGAAUCGAGUGAAGGAAGAGAGAUUCAUUUGGACAUCAAAAGACUUCGUCUUGAAUCUAAUGUCUAUGUUUCCACCGCUUUGGUUGAUUUUUAUGCUAAAUGUGGGUGUUUGGAUGAUGCAAAAGAAGUGUUUGAUAAAAUGCAUAAAAGGGAUGUUGUUGCGUGGAAUUCGAUGAUUUCAGGGUUUUCUUUACAUGACGGUUCCUAUGAUGAGGUAGCACGACUGCUUGUUCAAAUGCAAAAUGAUGUGAGUCCUAAUUCAUCAACAAUUGUUGGUGUCCUUCCUGCUGUCGCUCAAGUGAAUUCAUUGAGACAUGUAAAGGAAAUUCAUGGGUUUUGUAUUAGGAGGGGCUUCGUUGGCGAUGUGGUGGUAGGAACUGGGAUUUUGGAUGUGUAUGGGAAAUGUCAGUGCAUAGAAUAUGCCAGGAGAAUUUUUGACAUGAUGGGUAUUGUCAAGAAUGAGGUGACUUGGAGUGCUAUGGUCGGUGCAUAUGUUGUGUGUGAUUUUAUGAGGGAGGCAUUGGAACUAUUUUGUCAGUUGUUGAUGCUCAAGGAUGAUGGAAUUGUUCUGUCAGCGGUAACUCUUGCCACUGUUAUUCGAGUUUGUGCAAAUUUAACUGAUUUAAGCAUGGGAAGUUGCUUGCAUUGUUACGCGAUAAAGUCAGGAUUUGUUUUGGAUUUGAUGGUUGGAAAUACUUUACUUUCAAUGUAUGCCAAGUGUGGGAUUAUCAAUGGUGCAAUGAGGUUUUUUAAUGAAAUGGAUUUAAGAGAUGCAGUUUCGUUCACUGCUAUCAUUUCAGGCUAUGUUCAAAAUGGUAAUUCUGAAGAGGGUUUGCGAAUGUUCCUCAAGAUGCAGUUGUCUGGGAUAAACCCAGAAAAGGUAACCAUGGCUAGUGUUCUGCCAGCUUGUGCUCAUUUGGCUGCUUUACAUUAUGGGUCUUGCAGCCAUUGCUAUGCAAUCGUUUGCGGAUUUAUAGCUGAUACCAUGAUUUGUAAUGCUCUUAUUGAUAUGUACGCAAAAUGUGGGAAGAUUGACACUGCUAGGAAAGUUUUUGAUAGGAUGCAUAAGCGGGGCAUUGUGUCAUGGAAUACCAUGAUAAUUGCAUAUGGUAUUCAUGGGAUUGGAUUGGAAGCACUAUUGUUGUUUGACAGCAUGCAGUCCGAAGGUUUAAAACCAGAUGAUGUGACUUUCAUUUGUCUCAUAUCUGCUUGUGGCCAUUCGGGACUUGUUGCAGAAGGCAAAUACUGGUUUAAUGCCAUGACUCAAGAUUUUGGAAUCAUCCCCAGAAUGGAGCAUUAUGCAUGCAUGGUUGAUCUUCUGAGCAGGGCUGGGCUUUUCAAAGAGGUGCACAGUUUCAUUGAAAAGAUGCCACUUGAGCCUGAUGUUCGUGUAUGGGGUGCCCUGCUUUCUGCUUGUCGAGUCUAUAAGAAUGUUGAACUAGGGGAAGGAGUGUCAAAGAAAAUUCAGAAGCUUGGACCUGAAAGUACUGGGAAUUUUGUUCUCCUAUCCAAUAUGUAUAGUGCUGUUGGGAGAUGGGACGAUGCAGCACAGGUUAGGUUCACACAGAAGGAACAGGGUUUUGAGAAAAGUCCUGGAUGCAGCUGGAUUGAGAUAAGUGGGGUUGUCCAUACAUUUCAUGGUGGUGGAUAUAGGUCCCACCCACAGCUGGCACAAAUAAGCAACAAACUUGAUGAACUACUGGUGGAGAUGAAAAGGUUGGGUUACCAAGCAGAAUCUAGCUUUGUCUUCCAAGAUGUCGAGGAAGAGGAGAAGGAACAAAUCCUUCUUUAUCACAGCGAGAAACUAGCUAUUGCAUUUGGAAUUCUUAGUUUGAGCCCUGACAAGCAUAUCUUAGUAACUAAGAAUUUGCGAGUUUGUGGUGAUUGCCACACUGCUAUUAAAUUUAUUUCUUUGGUAACUAAGAGAGACAUAACAAUUAGAGAUGCAAAUCGAUUUCAUCAUUUCAAGGAUGGAAUUUGCAAUUGUGGAGAUUUCUGGUAAGGAUGGAAGUUUUGCAGGUCCCAAUAGCGCAUCUAUGGUCAAAAGCCUACAGAAUCUGCUUUUCCCUUACCGGCUAUGUGAUGGCAGCUAUGCAGUAGGAACAUGCUAAGGUUACAAGUCUGCCAUUGUUUUAUUAAAAAAUCACUGGUAACUUAGAGCCCAAAAACCGCAAACCGAGAUAUCUAAACUGGACAACUAUUCCUAGAUGAACAAGACCUUUUGAUUUUUAGAAGAACCAUGGACCUACACUUGAAUUUCCAAAAGAGUGACAGAUUCUGUUCCAGGGCUCCAGAAAAAGAAUCAUGGAAAGCUGUUGCGUUCAUAAGAUGCAUCACCAUGGGUGUUUGUCGGGCAUGAUGAUUAUCUUAGCAAAUUCAAAGGUCUCUAUGUGUUCACUGAACAAUGUCCAGGCACAGCAUUUCAGUGACAGUGUGAAAAGUAACAAAAAUGGUGCAAGUCAAGGAAUAAAGCUUUCAACAACUGUUUCAAGGAGUAUGGCUGAGGAUGAGAUACAGCACUGUCAGGCUCAAAGGGAUAAAAUUAAGUAUUGUUCUGUGCUUUGUGUUUUGAGCAUGCCAGGUAUUCUCCUCUGUAAUGGAUUUCAAAUCUUUUUUUUAUCUGCAAUAUUUUGCAUUGAAUCAAAAUUAUUUUUUUAUUUGAUGAGUUUAAUUAAGGUUCUACACAUAUCAUUGUCACAUCAACUAUGCAUCAAUACCCCUUUCACCAUGUGGGGAACUCUUAAUCAAGAUGCUUGAAUCUCUUUGACAAGUGACUUUAUAGUCUCUUACAUGUGCAGUUCGCAAAUGGCAUAUCAUUAGCUAACAAUUGACUGUUAUUGCCCUGAACUAUCUUUGGGAUGCACUUUCUGGAACUAGGGUUUUGGACCUUUUGUUUGGUAGUAGGUGACCUUUCUCCAUGUUUUCCAUUGAUAGAGCUUGAUUGAGUCUUUAGAUGAAACUGACGUGAAUAAUAACUAAAGCUGGUGCUAUGAUUUGACUCAUGUAGAUUUGGCAAAUGAAAAAACAUGAACAGAAGAAAGCGUCUGCUGAGACUCAGAGGAACAGUUGCUGCCAACAUGCAUAUAUGUUCCUGUAAAUUUUGCUGUCCAGAAAGAUGAUAUCGGUUGACAUCAUGGAUGAACAAGAUAGAAUCUGAGCUGUCUGGCUGUCUCUCUCAUGCAACUCAUCAUGAUCUUUGCAAUAUGGCCUGUAUGAGUUGGUGUCUGGGUGUUCUUUCACGUUAUUGCAGCUAUUCCUUUUUUUCCCGAUCCGUGUGAAACAAAAUGCCAUAUUACCCACUUCGAAGAAAAUCUUUACUUGAGAAAUGCCUGUUCCGAUUUCCUCUGAUCUUGUAGUGGUUGUGAAGCCACCGAUGCCCAUGUAAGUGUCUACCAGAGAGGUUCUUCUGUCUUGUUAUGGAUCUCCACUGCUUUGCUAUGAUGCAAUUUCUGUUCAUGGUUUCAGAAACAGUGAUACCAUUUCUAUUUCUUUCUCGCGUGAACCAAGCAGUGAUACCAGCACCUUUGCUCGUUUAGUUUCUCCAACAGGUUCGAUGUUAUAUGAUGAUUAGUUGUACAUUUUACUGAUCAUUUUUUUUUCCUCCUAAUUCCGUCUCUUGUAAAGAAAUCUUGCAGUUUGCGGCCUAGAGUUGGAGUUGCAGAUUUUUUUGAUGUCCAAAUUCAUUGAUGUAUAUGUGGUUGUGAAGAUUGUGUAGGUUCUCCAUCUGAAUCUACAGUAUUUUGCUGCAACAACUACUACUGAUAAUAUUGAUGAAGCUGAUAGUAAUGGUAAGGAUGCAGCUAUUUCUAUUAAAAGUAUCUCCAAGUAAUCAACAUAUUUUACACUAUUAGAUGACUGGUAUCAUUUUCAUAGCCAACAGAAGGGCUUUAAAUAUCA